AUGACUAAAAAAAGGAAACGUCAAGAAGACUUCCAGAAAGUGAAAUUGAAAGUUGGGAAAAAAAAACCUAAACUAGAGAAUGCAACUGAUACUACCUUCAAAACAAAGGCCAUACAUAUUCCCGAGCAGCUUAAAGAAGAUGGAGUGCUUCCUACACAAAACAGAAAACUUAACAUAAAGGAUCUGCUUUCACAGAUGCAUCACUACAGUCCUGGGGUUAAGCAUAAUGCACUUACUGGGCUGAAAGAUCUCCUGUCUCAGUAUCCAUUUGUAAUUUAUGCACACCUUUCAAAUAUAAUAAGUGAGGUGGCAGCUGUGUUUACAGACAAAGAUUCUGGUGUCAGAGGAGCAGCUGUUCACCUGCUGCAAUUCUUGGCUUCAAAAAUAAGAGCGGAACAGAUUGCACCGUUUUUUCCUUUGGUAAGUGCCCAUCUCUCCAGUGCCAUGACUCAUAUCAGUGAGGGAAUUCAGGAAGAUUCAUUGAAAGUCUUGGAUGUUUUGUUGGAAGCAUACCCAGCUCUUCUCACAGACCGCAGCAGUAUAUUGUUGAAGAACUUUGUAGAGCUUAUUUCUCACCAGCAACUGUCAAAAAGACUGAAAAGCAGAGAGAAACUUUCUUGGAUGCUCUCUGUUAACCCAAGUCGCAGAGUAACUUCUCAGCAGUGGAGGCUGAAUGUACUUACCAGGCUCAAGAAGUUUCUGCAAGCAGUGGUAGAUGGGUCCAGUGAAAUAGAGGAUGAAGGGCUUCAAGAACAGAAGGACAGCCCUCAUUCUGUGAGGAACCCCAUAUAUAUAAGUUGGAAACUCCAUGCAAAUAAUCAGCAACAUAUACAGCUGUUUGAAAAUGGUGGCUUACGACCAAAGAUCAACUCAUCGUUUAGACUGAGGUCUCUGGCAAGUGUAAUGGACAGUGCAGAAAAGGGCCUGUCCUCGGCUGAAAACUUAAAAGGUUUUAUUGAGAUAAUAAUUCCGUUACUGAUUGAGUGCUGGAUUGAAGCAUCUCCUGCACAAUCAGCUCCUAUUCUUGGAAACCUUUUGGAAUCAGAAUCUCAGCAUCUUAUGCAGCAAGUGCUUAGUAUAAUACAUUUAUUGUGGAAACUCACAAAGCGACAUGAUGAAACAUACAAAAUGGAGCUAUGGCUUCGAAUGAAUUACCUUGUUGAUUUCAAGCACCACUUCAUGCGCCAUUUUCCUUACUCUUUGCAAGAAACAGUAAAGCACAAAAAGAAAGAUUCGUGCAAAGGCAACAAGUAUUGUGUGACAUCUUCAAACAGUGUAGACCAUCUUUUGCUAAAUUUAACCUUGUGUGACAUAAUGGUUUCACUAGCAAGUACUUCAACACUUCAGAUGGAUUCUGGUUGGCUAGACAUGAUAAGGAAAUAUGUGACAGAUACUCUUCAGGAUGGCAGCAAGCUGAAUAGCAAGCAGGUGAACAGAUUGCUUGGUGUGACUUGGAGAUUAAUGCAAAUACAGCAAAACAAAGUGGCAACAGAGCCCUUGAUAAAGGCAGUGUAUACACUAUACCAGCAACGGAAUCUCCUCUUUCCGGUUCGUACGUUGCUUUUGAAAUUUUUUAGCAGAGUUUACCAAAAAGAAGAUUUGAGGACUCAAAGAAUCAGAAGUCGGAGUAAAGUUCUGUCCCGCUGGUUGGCUGGCCUACCUCAGCAACUUGCUCUGCUUGGCUUGAGGAACCCUGAGCUUUCAAAUCAGCUGAUCGAUAUUAUUCACUCUGCUGCUUCUCGUUCGAACAAAGAAUUAUUGCAAAGUUUACAAGCCACUGCUGCUCGAUUAUAUGAUCCGCUGGAGGGCACACUGGUCCUGCUGCCGGCCGAGGCGCAGCGGCGGCUGGUCCAGCUCGUCUACUUCCUGCCCUGCCUGCCCGCCAGCCUGCUUGCCUGCCUCAGCCGCUGCUGCAUCAUGGGCAGGAUGUCCUCCGAGCUGGCUGCCACGCUCAUCGGGAUCCUGCGCAUGAGAUCAUCCUUUGCAGGCUGGAAGUGCCAAGUGCAGGAUAAUUCAGUGAAUGAUGUGGACUAUUUCAGCUUCUUGUUUUCAACCCUUAUAGGGUUUUCAAGAGAGGAGUUGACUAGUCUCCAGGGCAUUAGAGGAAAACCACACAUUAGCCAGACACAGCUUUCACCUGUCCGUCUUUACCUAACUGAUCUGGACCAGUUUUUACACCACUGGGCUGUGACAGAGGUCAUCUGUCACAGCUUGUCCACUAUACCUUCACAAAGUCAGUGUUUUGACAUUCUCCAGACGGGCAUCUGUAAAUACCUGGUUGGGUUGGUUGUAAUACCUGAUAGCACAGCUGGAUCUGUUCUAUGUGCCAUAAAUAAGCUCUUGGAUCAAGCCUGCAUCCUAAGUGAAACCCUGCACAAGUUCUUAGCCUCUUGUUGUUACAGCCUUCUGUACUUUCUGCUAACGUUAGACAAAGAGGACGCAGAACACCUACAGAAAAGGGAUAUGCUGUGGGGAUCAUGUAUUUCUGCAUUAGCACUCCUGCCACGAUUACUGAGACUGAUGCUGCAAAGUCUGCAAGUGAGCAGGAUCUGUCGGGAAGAACUGCCGGUUGUUGCUCAGUUGCUUCGCUUACUAAUGCAGCAUGGUCAGCUCAGAAGCCAUAUGAUCACAAAUGAAUUUCUGGUGCAGCAGAUUAUCAAGGACAUCAUGACGCUGAAGAGUGGUGAAGUUCAGGAGCAGUGGCUAACAGACCUCCACUACUGUUUCAACAUUUACCUUGCCUCUCAUCCCCAGGGACCUGGCCCUAUGAAUGCGGUAUAUUAAAGAGGUUGAACUGCAUUUAUUGUA